AAGCCCGCUGGGGAUUUGCAAUGCAAGCAGCCUUUCCAGGUUUCUUUUCUGCUUUGCUCCCACCCUGCUGCUGGAUUUGAGAUCAUGUCGGUUAAUAUUGUAGCUUUUGGGAAUGAAAGAGAUGGUUUUUCUGAGGACAAUCAGCAGCCCAGCCUGAUCUGGAGCUAUCUCAGGAGAAGUGCUCUCAUUUCCCAGAUCGACAGCAGCCUGUCUGCCAGUCACGUUGGAAACCCAGUUUUUACCGAGUAUCAAGCCUGCGUGUUUGGAAAUGUCAGACUGGUGGUACACGACUGUCCUGUCUGGGAUAUAUUUGACAGUGACUGGUACACGUCCUGCAGGCUCAUUGGAGGAGCUGAUAUUAUUGUGAUUAAAUACUCUGUCAAUGACAAGACUUCAUUUCAAGAACUAAAGGACAGCUAUGUCCCAAUGGUAAAAAAAGCAUUAAACCACUGCUCAGUUCCAGUAAUAAUUUCUGCUAUUGGUGCAAGAAAAAAUGGAGUGCCCUGCACAUGUCCCCUGUGCACUUCAGACAGGAGAAGCUGUGUCAUGACCUCUGAGGGAGUUCAGCUUGCAAAGGAACUUGGAGCCACUUACCUUGAACUGCACACUCUUAAUGACUUCUACAUCCAGAAAUACUUUGGAGGAGUGUUGGAAUAUUUUAUGAUCCAAAGUUUGAAUCAGAAGUCAUCUGAAAAAAUGAAAAGGAAAAAGACACAGAAGUGCCAUCGAGUCCAACCACCUCUGCUUGAACAGCCAGAAAAAAUGCCGAUCCUGAAGGGUGAAGCCUCGCACUACAACGCAGACCUGCACAACCUGCUCUGCUGCUGCCAGUGCACAGAUGUGGCCUUCUACCCCGAGGACCUCAGCAGGGCAGUGGAGGCUCACAAGAUCAUCCUCUGCUCCGUCAGCCAGCUCUUCAUGCUGCUGUUUGGGGUGAAGAGCCCAUCUGACGCCCACGAUGCCUCCAUCAUGCAGCUGGCACAGAGUCUCUUUGCGGUGGAGGCAGGGGAUCCCUUCCCCUCAUCCCCCCGUGGUGUCCCACCCUGUGUCCCACCAGUCAGGGUGGUGGUGAAGGAUUCUGUCUUCUGCUCUUGUCUCCCAGACAUCCUCCACUUCAUUUAUUCAGGUGCUUUUCAGUGGGAACGAUUAGAAGAGGACAUAAAAAAGAAAUUGAAGGAUCCAGAAAAAACAGAGCAUGUGCUUGAGAAAGUUAAAUGUAUCCUGAAAACUCCAGGGAAGCUAAACACUCUAAAGGAGUGCAGGUCACACGAGAUAAAACGGCUCUAUAAUACAUCUCUCAGGCUGUUCUUUAACACACCUGUCCUGGCUGAUGUCAUCUUCAAAAUACAAGGUGCAACUGUACCAGCCCACAGGGCAGUUCUGGUGGCCCGCUGUGAGGUUAUGGCAGCUAUGUUUAAUGGUAAUUAUCUAGAAGCAAAUAGCGUUCUGGUUCCUGUGUACGGGGUUUCCAAAGACACUUUCCUCUCCUUCCUGGAGUACCUUUACACUGACUCCUGCUUCCCAGCCAGUAUUCUCCAAGCGAUGUCUCUGCUGAUCUGUGCAGAGAUGUACCAAGUAAUGAGACUCCAGCAUAUUUGUGAACUUUACAUCAUCACGCAGCUUCAGAGCAUGCCUAGCAGGGAACUGGCUUCCACAAGCCUCAGUAUUGUUAGCUUGCUCAAAAAAGCUAAGUUUCACAAUUCUGAUUGUCUUUCAACUUGGCUUCUUCAUUUUAUUGCCACUAACUACCUCAUCUUCAGUCAAAAGCCUGAAUUUCAAGAUCUUUCAGUGGAAGAGCGCAAUUUUGUAGAGAUGCACCGAUGGCCUUCAAACUUGUACCUGAAGCAGCUUGCUGAUUACAGGAACUAUAUCCACUCUCAGAAAUGCCACUGCACAGUAAUGUAAAGAAGCUGAAUACACACAAAGUGCAUCUCAACUGUAAAAUUUCAGAUUGGGGAUUAUAUAGAAUAUAAAAACCGUGUCAAGUGUGAAACCUGAUGCUGACCUCCUGUGGAACUUACAGAUAUUCUUUGUUUUGCUAACAAAUCACUCUAAUUUUUACCUUGAAGCAUUGAGAAUGUAUGUUGAAGUUUUAUUUUAAGCACAAGGACUUCAUAUCCAUGGGGAUUAAAUGUAGUACAGGACAGUGCCAUGACUGCCAUCUGUUCCCCCUUCUAA